AUGGUCACCGACGCAUCCGUCCGCGAUGAGCGUGGACCUUACGGGCGGGCCAAGGAUGCAAGGGCCAGGCAGGACGCAACGGAGGAGAGGUGUCCUUUCUGUUCUUGGGAGCUGCAAAAAUGGUGGCCGCACGUGCGGGUGCCCGUCUCCAACGGAGCUGCAGACGAGGUGCGGCUCUGUCACCUCAAGUGCACCGAGGAGGUGCUGGAGGGGUGUCGCAGCGAGGCGAAGAUGAGGAUCGAGGCGAACUUUGCCAACAGCCUGCGGGAGUUGCUGGUUCGCAGCCCGAACUUGUUUGCCCGCCGAGCUGCCGCCCGCCUAAGCCUGGAGGAGGAAAGGCUCCAGGAGGCGGCUCGCUCCGAAGGUCGCUGGCCCUUCCCGGCCUUACCGCCCCCACCCAGCGCCACCUUUGCCGUGGAGGGCAUCCUUGAGAUGAGGCUGUCUGCUUCCACAGAGUUCGCCAAGCUGCCGAGCGAGAUCGGAUUUGUGCGCUCGCUGGACACCCUCUGCCUCAUUUCCAACAGUCUAACGGAACUUCCUCCAGAGCUGGGCCUAUUGACCGGGCUUACGCACCUGUACCUCAACGGGAACUUCCUUACGGCUUUGCCCGAAUCGGUUGGUGCCCUGCCAAAGCUGCAAGAGCUGUGCCUUGAUGCUAACAAGAUCGAGAGACUGCCCCAACUGACUUCUCCGAAGCUGGUACUCCUGACUGCGCCGGGCAACAAGAUCAAGGAGGUCCCCCUGGUACCUCACAUGCAGCGGCUUGAGGUUCAUGGGAACCAGAUCCACACCAUCACAACUUCUCUGGGAUCGCCGGUGUUUCACAACCUUGUGACCCUGAAGGUGAUGGGAAACCAGCUAGAACAUUUGCCAGACGAGGUCGCGUGCAUGACCAACCUCCGGAUCUUGUCCGUUGCCGAGAAUCGCUUGAAGUCUUUGCCAGAUGGCAUCUCCAGUCUCCAAGGCUUGGAGUGGCUGCUGGCGUACGGGAACUGCUUGACCGAGUUGUCCAGCGAUCUCAUCACAGGCUGCCGGGGCUUGACAAGGCUCCUUCUCGAGGGAAACCCUUUGAAGCCGUCGGUGGUUUCGUCUCUGAUCGAGGCGGUGCCCAGGUCCACCCUGAAGACUCUUGGCUUGGACACCCAACAGGUGCGGGAGGCUGCCGCAGCUUCGCCUUCGGGCUUCGAAGAGCUGCCCGCAGCGGUUUCCGUUGGAACCGUUUUGCCAGCGCAGGGCCAGAUCAGCUUCAAGCUGACAAGGGCAUCGCAGCUUCGACGGAGGCCAGGGGUGAAAUCAGUGGCAGAGCCUGGAGGGCCUGCUGACCCUGUCGCUCAGCCAGCGAAGCUGCUGAUCGUGGCUUUCGCAGCAUCGCAGGGCGAGCCCGAGUGGUUGGGAUUCCUCCGGCGCCUGCUUGAGAAAGGGAAGGUCACCCCGCUGCCACAAGCUUCAGCAGAUCUGUCUGAUCUACUGGAGGCAGACGGCGGCAGUGACUUUGAUCGGAAAAUGUCGAUGUUCUGGACUGGGAGCCCUUGUGUUGCAUCGGAAGAUGAGAAACAGGAGGGUGAGUGUCAGGCUCUGCCACUUCCGGACUUCGAUGUGCUGACGGCUGUAGAUCAUCGCAUGCGCUGGUAUGCGGAAGAUCGUCCCGCCGUGGAAACUGUCUUGCGGGAAUUGCGGCCUCGCUACUCGAAAAUGCUUUGCGUCGGUGCUUCUAUGGGUGGUUUUGCUGCAGUGCUUCAUGGCGGGCUCAUCGCGGAUGGUGUGUUGGCGCUGAACCCACAGGCAAACCUACCAGAAGCGCUGUUGAGGCCCCCGGCAGAGACGCCGCGAGAUCUGCAGGAUCUCUCUCAAUCGCUCCGGGAUUCGGCAAAAGCAGCCGCAGCUCGUGGAGCACAAGUUACAGUGCACAGCGCAGCAGACGAGCAUUUGCUCCAUGCCUGCACCUUGCUGUUUGGAAAGAAUGUCCUGGUCAUCCAUCCACUGCAACCCAGGAAGCCCUUCGCGCGCAUCCUGGACCGCGCGAACCUGCUGCUUCCCAUCGUGUCGGAUGCAGUGUAUCGCGUCCUCACUGGAGCUGAAGCUGGACAUGCUGUGACCGUGGGCUGCUGGUGCAGGAACGGCCGUCUCAAGCGAGUCAGGGCGGAGCCCAGCCAGUUGUUGAAGUUAUUCUACGGCCCGGGUGCCGGAAUGCUGCCACGCCCAGGCGAUUGGUUCUGUGGCCAUUGCCGAGCUAGAAAUUGCAGAGAUCGAUGGUUUUGUUGGCGCUGUGCACCCGCUGGCUCGAUGGGAAGUCCCAUGACGACUCCCGGCACGCUGAAGGUUCUGGACAGUUUCUCCUAUCCGUCCAAGUGGGACUGGGGCUGCACGCGCUGUGCAGCCGCACUUUGUGGCUACGAGUUCAAGUGCUCGCAUUGUGGCGCCGACCGACCAGACUGGCGGACUUCUUGA